CGCACCGUGAGCGGUCUGAAAUGUGAUGUGACAUCCGCUGCGUGUCGCACCGACGCCUCCUGGAUGCCGUCGGAUUGAAUGUGCAUAUACGGCACAGCUGGAUGCAGGGUUGCCAUGGAGCAAACAGAAGCUCAUCCAGCUGCGGUACCGGCAGAUAAUUAGCAUAUCAGCCCCUGAGAUGAGAUAGAACAGGCUCGCCCCGCGCUGCUGCGUGUAGUGCGGUGUGUUUUCGGCGGGGACGUGCGCGGAAUCUUCCGCUCCACUGAGAAGUUGUGAGCUCGGAGGAGCCAGCGUCAGUUGUCGCCUGUGGCGGAGGAUGAGAGGACACGCAGAUCCCGCAUGUUUCUAAUUCAAGAAGACAAACUGAGUCUCCAGCUCUCCUCUCAGGGACAGUCUCCUGCAGCGCUCCGCUGACCGCAGGCCCGCCGGCAUCUCUCAUCCAUAUCAUUCCUCUUUCCAUCCACCCAUCCCUCUCCCUGUCAUGAAGGGCCUGUCCAGUAGUCGGAGUCACCAUCACGUGGUCUCCUACGAGCCGUCGUAUGAUCCGCUGGGUCACCAUGUUGACCGCAAGCCAUAUUUGAUCAGUCAGAUGGACAUGCCGGUGCCCAUCCCCAUGCCGCAUCCGGCCGAGCUGCCGUACUACAACGCUCAGCGCACCUCGUACCCCUCCGACAGCAACAGCAUCGUCCCCUAUGGAACCUUCCCUCGGAGGUGCCACUCCACCUCCUCGUCUCACCAUCCUGAGGUAAAGGAUGAGUGUAUGGCCAUGGUACCAUAUAUAGGAGGAGGGGGAGGAGGAGGAGGAGGAGGAGGAGCUGGAGGAGGCUAUGGAGGUAAAACGCCCACCCGGGUCCCAGCAAACUUUGCGGACCCGUUUGAGCGUCAGCCGUCCUUCUCCAGAGACGGCUAUCACACACUGCAGUACAAACGAGGAGUGCUGGCCCACAGUGGGGGGAUGGGGGCCAACAACAACAACAAUGACAGCCCGGGGAGAAUCCGCCACCUGGUCCACUCGGUCCAGAAACUCUUCACCAAGUCACACUCACUGGAGGGCCCACACCACACGCAGUCCUCCAAGGGGGCCAAUAACGGGAGCGUUAAUGGUGGUGGUGGUGGCGGAGCAGGUGGUGGUGGUGGUUCAAGGGCCAGCCCAGAGGGGGAAGCUCCACCGGUGGGAGCGCGCCACCGGAAGCGCAGCAAGAGCCGCGAGCGCUGUCGAUCAGCGGAGCCCAAGCAUCGAAGCCACCACCACCACCACCACCAGCUCCACGGCUCCGCGUCCGCUCCGGGCUCCGGCUACUGGAGCUCCGACGACAACCUGGAACGGGAGCUGUGUCUCUACCACCCUCACCACCACCAACCUCCACCCUCACCCUCGCCCUCCAUUUCCCCCUCGCCCAUCGCCAUGACGAUGGGCCGGUACCUUGGCAACAACCCCGACAAGUUCCCGCAGACUCCCCUCCCCGGUCUCUCCUCCUCGCAGUCCCAGCAGUACUUCAUGAUGGACCCUUACGGCACACUCAACGAGCACACACACACCCACGCGCACCAUGGCCACACGCACCACCACCCUGCACUCAAAGCCUCCCGGAGCAACAACGACGUGAAGUACGCGGCGUCGUCGGCAUGUGUGCCCGUUAGUGGUAGCAGCAAUAACAGCGGCGGCGGUAUCGGUGGAGGAGGCGGCCCCUUGCUGCCGCUGGGUCUCGUGGACGGGCCCCUUGUGAAGAAAGGGGCGUGGUCGUCGAGCCUAACGGUGAGCAGGGCCCGAGAGGUCUACACCAACAACAGCAGCCACAACCAGCUACGAGCCGGCGCAGGAUCCGGUAACCUAAACCUAGAUAGAGCUCUAGUCAAAUCUAAGGGCAGUCAGCAGCAGGAGCGCUCAUGCCAUUUCUUACAGGUUCCUCAGGAUGAGUGGAGCGGCUUCUCUCCUCUGGGGAAGGAGGACGACAUCCCCUGUCGGAGGAUGAGGAGCGGCAGCUACGUCAAAGCCAUGGCGGAGGACGACAGCGGAGACUCCGACGGGAGUCCCAAACCCUCCCCCAAGAUCCAGGCGCGCCGGGCCAGCUACCUGAAAGCCACGCAGCCGUCUCUGACUGAGAUGACCACUCUACAGAUUUCGACAGAGCACUCGCCCAAACUGCAGAUCAGGAGCCACAGUUACCUGCGUGCGGUGAGUGAGGUUUCAAUCAAUAGAAGCCUGGAUACCCUGGACCCCAAAACCCUCCUCGACCCCAAAUCGCUGCUGUCCUCACCCCAAUACCGCUCACGCAAUGAAAGCUACAUGAGGGCCAUGAGCACCAUCAGUCAGCUGAGUGAGGUGGAGGUGAACGGGCAGAUUGAGCAGGUGUGUGAGCAGGUGUACAGUGAGAUGCAGUCCCAGGCCAUGGAGGCGGCCAUGGACAGCUUGGACACCAUGGACACCCUGCCGAUGCCGGGCUGCUUCCGGAUGCGGAGCCACAGCUACGUGAGGGCGAUCGACCAGGGCUGCGCCGGGGAGGAGGAGGGAGAGGGAGGGAGGCCGCUGCUCCUGCUGCCGUCCUCGCCGCCGCGCACGUCUGCAACGACCGUCAGGACCAUCCAGAGCAGCACAGUUUCAUCUUGCAUCACCACCUAUAAGAAAACCCCUCCACCGGUGCCACCCCGAACCUCCACCUGCUCCACGGCCUCCAAGCCCUACAUCUCCAUCACAGCCCAGAGCAGCACAGAGUCUGCACAGGAUGCAUACAUGGAGGAGGAGGGACCCAGGGGUGACAUGACCAUCCAAUCAGGGCUCAGCAACUCAACAGAGAGCAUUGACAGCAUGAAGGCCUUGACGGCUGCCAUAGAAGCUGCCAAUGCACAGGUCCAUGGACCAGCCAGUCAGCAUGUCAGCAACAGCACCAUGACGGUCAGCACCCCCGUCCCCUCAAUCCUGAGCCGGGGGCCGGUUGUAGACGACCACCGGGACGACUACAGGAAAGAAGCACUCAGGAAGGGCAAAUGUCUCUCCAUAGGCAUCCAGGUGGAUGGACCAGAGGAGGUUCCAGAUCCAGAGGACCCGUCCAAGUUCACUUCUGUGGGGGUGCAGGUGGAGGACGAAAGAGGGUAUCGUCGGUUCCAGCGCUCCAACAGUGUGACAGCAGCUGUUCAGGCAGAUCUGGACAUGCCCGACUUGCUGGACACCCCUCUGGACUCCCCAGACACCGACCUGGAGGUGCUGUCGUCUGGUGCCCUCUCUCGUCAAUACUCCCGCGAUGCCGCCACCUCCACCGUCAGCAUCCAGGGCUCAGGGAACCACUACCACGCCUGUGCCUCCGACGACUACGAGGAUGUGGGCUUUGACCCGUCCAUCCUCCCCCCUCCAGACCCCUGGAUAGACAGCGUCACAGACGACCCCCUCGAUGUCAACUUCAACAGCUCCACUAUACUGGAGUCUACCUGUCCAGGUGAGUCUCUUCAUGGGUGGCUGUUUGAACGGCAGGUGGUGCAGCGCUCAGUGUGUCAGAGAGACGGACGCUGGUUCCUGAAGCUGCUGCAGGCGGAGACCGACCGCAUGGAGGGCUGGUGUCGGCAGAUGGAGCUGGACCAGCGGGAGAACGACCUGCCUGAGGACAUCCUGGGGAAGAUGAGGAGUGCUGUGGGAAGUGCUCAGCUUCUGAUGUCUCAGAAGUUUCAGCAGUUCCGGGAGCUGUGUGAGGAAAACCUGAACCCCAACGCCCACCCCCGCCCCGUGGCCUCGGACCUGGCCGGGUUUUGGGACAUGCUGCAGCUGUCGAUCGAGAACAUAAGCCUGAAGUUCGAUGAGCUUCACCAGCUCAGAGCCAACAACUGGAGACCCCUGGACCCCCCCGAGAGAAAGGAGAGGCGGCUCCCACCUCCAGUGCCAAAAAAGCCACCCAAGGGCCCCCACCACCACCCCCCCCUGGCCAGAGACCGCUCCCUGGAGAGCUCAGAGAAGCAGCGGCAGGAAGCCAGGAAGCGCCUGAUGGCCGCCAAGAGAGCCGCGUCCGUACGGCAGAACUCUGCCACGGAGAGCGCCGACAGCAUCGAGAUCUACAUCCCCGAGGCCCAGACCAGGCUAUGAGGACACUGCCAGGGACACACACACACACACACACACACACACACACACACACACACACACACACACACACACGUAUGGUUGUCCACACCGAGGCAUAGGGGUGUAACAUCAACAGAUAGACUGAUCUUCACUCCCCCCUCCCUUCCCUCGGCCGAUCGUACGUUCCGAUGUAGAGGUCAGAGGUCAUAUUGAAGAAGGAGCUGCUCAGAUUUAGUUUCAUCAGAUCAUCACACUCGGACCGUUUCCCUUCGUUUAUCAUAGACACCUUCACCUGAGGCUCCUCCCAUCAAAACCACAACCUCACCGCAACACGGCCCAGGGCGAGACGGACUCGUUUUCUUCUUCUUCUUUGAUUCAUUCAGACAUGUGGUUAAAUAUUUUAUUUGUUGGCAGCUAAACUUCAGUAGAAGUGGUGUAACAGCAGGUUGUUCUGCCGCCUCGCUCUCAGUCUUAUACAAAGGCAACUGGUGUCUUUAUGUAAGACACAGAAAAACCAGGACUGACUGAAGACACUGAGGUUUCCCCUCCACAGAUACAGACAGUGUGUUUGUGUUACGCCCCUAUAAAGACAUGUGCAUCUGAAGAUCCGGAUAUACACCAAGACUUCAGUCUGGAGUCACGUGAGUCACACGUCUGUCUGAUCAACCUUUAAACACAGAAUUAUCCCUUUUUUAUAAAGGCACAACCGCUGCUCUGUGAUUGGCUAACUGCUGCUCCGUGAGUGGCUAACUGCUGCUCUGUGAUUGGCUCACUGCUGCUCUGUGAUUGGCUCACUGCUGCUCUGUGAUUGGCUCACUGCUGCUCUGUGAUUGGCUCUCCACAGACGGUGAUCAUCAGAAAAAACAUUGCCUCUUAGAUGAAACUGAAUUCAAAUACAAACUGUCUCUUCAGCAGCAUUAAAGGUCCAAAUUUUCCGUUGUUUUAUUUGUACGGAGGACCAGUGAUGUCACAGGAAAAGUAACGCAAUAUUUCCUUCAUUUCAUAUUUUAAUAGGCAUUAAAAAUAGGAAUUGUGAAAAUGAUUUAUAAAUGAAAGAUUCACCCAUUAAUAAAUAAAUAUUUUUAAUAAUGAAUAAAACACUCAUUAAAUAAACCACUUAUAGAUACAUAUUUUAAAAAUGGGAAUACAGACCUGGAUUCCCUUCAAUCUCCGUUUCCUGUUUCUAACUGCUUUUCCUGUUAGCCAAUCGAUUAGCUUAGCUUCUCCUUUUAGCCUCUCUGUGACACUCUGAGCCUUCAGUCAUAUGUACAGAGGUGAUGGACAAUCAUACACACACACACACACACACACACACACACACACACACACACACACACACACGCUCCUAACCUUGUGUCAUGGUGGACACAGCCUGAGCUGAGCACAGGUAACUCCUUCAGGUGUUGUGGGCUGUAUGAACACUGCAGGCGGCUGUAAUAUAGAAACCGAAGAGGACGCCAUGAUCACUGUUCUCUGUCAUCUUCCUCCUCAUCGCCACACACCGUCGGUUCUCUGUGGAACAUCUGGAGAACAUCACGUGAUGAGCCACUGGUGUUUACGCUCUGAGAAAUGGGGGGGGGG